AUGACUUUACCUGACCUAACGAACGAUACCUUUGUACCUAAGCAAAAAAAACGCAAACGAGUUGUUGCAGAUUCAGCAACCCCUAUUCAAAGCACCUCCAAUCCCACACCAGCGACACAACCUGCAGGCUCUUCAGAUCCCACACCAACUCAGUUUCCAACCCGAUUUCAAGCCUUGUUCGACGAGAUGAAGCCCCUCGACGAAUCGGACCAGGACCUUCUCCUUGACCGAUUCUUUCGUCAGUGUAAGCUAGUUAAGGCACUCGACCAGAAAGGAAUGACAAGUAAUGAAGUACUUAACCCAUCACCUACGACUUCACCAAUCCGCCAGACCGAGCCGAUCAAAACAUCCCACCCCAAACAGGCGACUUCUAAUGAAGAAGAAAAUGAAGACACAGAUGAAGCAGCUCAGCAUAAGAACGACCUCCCAGACCUUGAUCAAACCGAACAAGAGACUAAAAGUGUUGAGAAUAACAAAGAGAAUGAGGAGAUAGCUGCUAGAUUACGUACUUCAAAUCAGGUAAACAAAAUAACCCAUCAAAGUUCGUCAAAAACUCCUAUUUCAAAAUCCAACAAGGAGAAUACUCCUCAUCAGCGAGCAACUCGUAGUGAGAGUAACAAGGAUUCAAUCAGACCGAUACGUCAAUCUUCACGAAAGACUUCACAAGGAACUGAACAGAACGAAAUCAAUCCAACAUCAUCUGUCAGUAUCUGGUGUAACUUAAAUAUGAAGAUCGCUUACUAA